AUGAACGAGGGCAGAUCCCGUGCGCCCAGUCCAGUUUCACGAGCUGUGCUGCCUGCAGAGACAGCAGCGCUGAACAGGGCCAUCGCUGCGUGUCGACGCGAAGGAGCAUGGCUUCAGGCUAUUGCCUUUCUGCAUGACUCUGGACAAGCACACCUGGAACCAGACAUAGUUACAUACAACUCUACCAUCAGUGUGUUGAGGGGGCAAUGGCGAAGGGCCUUUGUGCUCCUAGAAGACCUAGAAUCGCACCUGCAGGCCGAUGUGAUAACUGUCUCUUCCGCCAUAAAAUGUUGUGAGCAUUCAUGCUGGCUGCAUGCCCUUCUGGUCCUGGAUGAUCAUGCAAGCAACAGCUUGCAAGCUGACAUUAUUGCCUACAGCAGCAUUGUCAGUGUCUGCGAGAAGGCAAGGCAGUGGUGUCAAGCUCUGUGUGUCUUGGAGAAGCUGCUGCAACCGAAGCUGCGAGCUGAUGCGACCCGCUUGCAGAAAGCGGUUCUCUUUGUGCUUUUCUGUGCCAUGGUGCACCUGCAGAGCGCUGAAGACGUGCAAAUCGGCCGGGUUGCCUACCAUUCCGCCAUCAAUGCAUGCGAGAAAGUUGGUGCUUGGCAGCAUGCUCUGUCUGUUCUGCAGAGAUUGACGGAGCGAAGCUUGCGGCCAUCUCUUCCGUCCUACAAUGCAUGUAUAUCUGCAUGUGAGAAGGCCACAAUGUGGUACAUGGGCGUUGUGCUACUUCAAGACAUUGAGUUCCGGCAGUUGAAAGCAGACGUAGUUAGCCAUAGUGCAGUCAUGGGUAGUCUUGGGAGAGCAGCCCAGUGGCAGCAAGCUCUGCAUCUUCUGUCCGAGAUGGGGGGCUUGCUUGUGCAAGCAGAUGCUGUCACCUUUACGGGAGUGCUUGCAGCACUGGAUAUUGCUGCGAAGCUCCUGCACGCCCAGCAGGUUCUAGAGCGUGUGGAAGCCGAUGCUUGGAGAGUCCUGAGGAGUCUCUGCAAAAGAAAAUGCCAGCUUCCUCAGCACAAUGUAGUCAUGUAA